AUGCUUCUCAAACAUCUCUUCCUGGGUUUCCUCCUGGGUGCCUUUUCAGUGGCAGCCAUCCCUCAGCCAGAGCCCGAGGAUGUCGAUCUCGAGGCAAGGGACGAUGAGGAUCUAGUCGCCCGCGGCGGUUACGAAUACUGCCCCUACGGUCAGCACUACGACAAGCACCAUCACUGCGUCUGCCCCUGGGGCCAGAUCAAGGAUGGCAAGUACUGCAAGUGUCCCGACGGCCAAUACAAGGACGGGAACUACUGCAAGUGUCCCGGAGACCAGGUCAAGGACGGCAAGGACUGCAAGUGUCCGGACGGACAGCACAAGAAGGGCAAGUGGUGUGUGUGCCCCUGGGGCCAGAUCAAACAGGGCAAAGACUGCAAGUGUCCUGGUAUUCAGGUCAAGGAGGGAGGCUAUUGCAAGUGUCCUGGAGACCUCCAGAAGAAGGGCAAGUUCUGCAAAUGUCCCCACGGUCAGAUCAGAGAUGGAAUCUACUGCAAGUGUCCUGGCGAGCUUGUCAAGAAGGGAGACAAGUGCGUCUGCCCCGACGGACAAUACCGAAAGGGCAACUACUGCAAGUGUCCUCAUGGUCAGAUCAAAGAUAAGGACCAGUGCAAGUGUCCCGGGGAGCUUGUGAAGAAGGGUAACGACUGCGUCUGUCCGGACGGUCAGUACAGAAAGGGCAACUACUGCAAGUGUCCUCAUGGUCAGAUCAAAGAUAAGGACCAGUGCAAGUGUCCGGAUUACGAGUGGAAGAAGGGAGACUAUUGUGUCUGCCAGAAGGGAUAUCGUCGCGGCCAUGAUGGGAAGUGUAAGAAGGGGUACUACUAA